AUGUCGGCGAUCCCUGAAGAAGAAUUGAAUCCAGGCCCGGACCCUAACGGCGUCGCCGCUAAGUCGGCCAUGUCCGUCCGUCCUAGCGCUUCUUCUGAGAACCCCGAUGUUGGAAUGUUGACAGAAAAUCAUCCCCCGGGGACAGAAGAGGAAUUCCCGGCUUUGAAUAAAGGAACGGUUCCUCCGCUGGUCAAUGGUCGUUACUCAAAACGUAGGCGCCCUCCAGAUUCUGGGUCUUCGGGUGGAGAGAAGGAGACCCCCGGUGAGAAAACAAGUUCGCCUACUCAAACCGCAGGGCACCAACAACCAAUGGCCACCCCUAAACCCUUAAGUUUUCGGGAUAUGGUAAGUAAAACCGGACCUCAUGUGAUCGUUGAACCUGAGCCGGAGGAGAAGGCAGGGAUUGAUGAGGACAUAUCGGUGGACUUCACGAGUUCGGUGGCCGACGUUCGUAUUAAGACGAGGUUUUACGAUCUAAUAGCUAAUGAUUGGAAGGAUGUUGUGGUGGUUAAACCCAUGGAUACUUCUCUAUCCCACGCGGGGGAGGGAGCGUUAUAUGGGCCGUGGAUGCAAGUGCCUCAGAGAGCUAGGAAAUCAAUGGGUUGUCGGGAACACAAUGUAAUGGAUGGGGGGCCAGCCCCAUAUAAUUAUGCCAAUAGGUUUCACUCGCUGAACUCGUCAGAGGACGUUAACACAGGAACUGAUGUUAGUCUUGGGACGGGCGUGGAUAGUGGAGAUCACCGAUUGAAGGGGACUACGCCUAGUGUGGAGCCGAAGGAAUGGCGCCGUGCAGGGGGGUCUAAGGGUAAGACUAACGCACAUGGUCGUUCACAGACGGCAACCCGGAAUUUGGCAGAGGGGGUGUUCAAGGCUACACCAAUGGACAAGGGCAAGGGGGUGGAUGGAGGCUUUGAAAAAGGCGACCGGGGACAUGUGGUAGAUCGGAGUGAAUCUUCUCGGAUCGGGACUGAGGGUCGGGAGAAGCGUGCAUCAGUUUCAAUUCCAUCAAGCAUCUCGGUUGGUUCCGGCUUGGACACUAAUAAACAUCGAGUGGUUCAGAUAGUUGAUGAUCAUCCUAUGGAGUUUAGUCAGGAGCUUGUCGAAGGGCCGGUGGAGGAGCUAGAUGACAUGUUGGAAGACAAUGUGUCUACGCCCGCCGGCAGACCGAGGCCAUGGCCUGAGGAGGUUGACCUGCAGAGGAGGGGGUUGGUGCCACCGUCAGGAUUUGAUGACGAAGAUAUGCACACCAUGGCCAUGGAGGGCCAGGAACGGUCCUGA